AUGAGUGAAUUCAACGUAGAGGACUACAAAAAAUAUGAUAAAUUUACUGUUAGUGAAGUAGAAGAAGGAUUCUAUCAUGUACAAUUCAAUAACCCGAAAUCCUUAAAUGCAUUCACAGAGCAAAUUUGGAGAGACUAUGCAGAGAUAUUAGAAAAAUUAGAUAAAUGUGAAGAAACUAGUGUGAUUUUGAUUUCGUCCGCAGUACCAAAAGCUUUUUCGAGUGGGUUGGAUUUGAAAGAUGCAAUUAAUACCAUGGCAAAUACUGUGCUGAAUUCCGAAAAAGAGAGGUAUGAAUCUUUGCAUAAGCACAUUGCUGAUUUUCAAUAUUGCAUUGCCACUCCUACACGUAUUAGAACACCUACAAUUUGCUUAAUGAAUGGGAUCAAUUAUGGAUUAGCUUUGGACAUUUCUUCAGCCUGUUCCAUUAGAGUCGCAACUGCUGAUUGUAAGUUUUCUAUUCGAGAAAUUAAGAUUGGUAUCCCAGCUGAUAUUGGUUCGUUACAGAGAUUGCCAUCUAUCAUCAACAACAAAUCAUUGAUGUAUCAGUAUGCUUUGACCGGUGAUAUUUUUGGCGCAGAUGAAGCAACUAAGUUAGGAUUUAUUAGUGCUGUUCUUCCAGAUCUCAACGCAGGUGUUGAAUAUUGCAAAAGCUUGGGUGAAAGUAUUAACCAACAUCAGCAAUGGGCUAUCAAAGGAACCAAGGAAAGCAUUCAACAUAUCGUUGAUAAUGGUUCACCAUCAGAAGGAUUGAAGAAUAUAGCACAUUAUAAUGCUACUAAUAUUGAUGGCAGAUUUGUCAGAGCAAUGUCGGGUAUUAAACUUUAA